AUGCUGAAUAUGCUGUUGCUGAGUUGGGGGGUGCUGCAGGGAAUCCAGACCAUCCUCACCUCUGACCUCAGCAGCAGUCACCUGUCAGAGAUGCACCGCAGUCUGGAUGGGGCAGACAGGUCCAGCUACCCUAGCCUUCUGCAGAAAGUCAAGGAGGCACCUGUGGGGCCCGCAGGGACUUUACCAAGGCCUGGGUUUGACAGGAUGGCUAUGGAGCUCCGCGUAGCUGAUGAGGACUUCAUAAAGGAAGCCAGUGUACUGGAGCCAGAGGUGUUGUCUGCUGCACUGGAGGCUCAGGGCCGAGAGGAGCGCUCUCCACGCAGAUGUGUCCGCCUGCUGGAAUCCUGCCUUGGGCACCAGCUCCCUUGCUGUGAUCCUUGUGCCACCUGCUACUGCCGCUUCUUCAAUGCCUUUUGCUAUUGCAGGAAAAUCAAUGCCACAUUCCCAUGUGGCAAGAACUAG